AAAUAGGCUAAAUAGCUGAUAAAGCUGUACAAAUUUUUGCUGAGCAGUCACUGAGUAAGUACACAGAGAAACAAGUUAACUGGCAAAAAACCUUCCCACUGUUUUCUCGCUGGUUUGGUUCCAAAGAACACAGUCUCCCUUGGAUCUUCAAUCCCAGACUGUUUUGCACUUUUGAGAGAGAAAGAGAGAUAGAGAGAGAGAGAGGCUGAGGAAAACAGAGGAAGAUGAAGAACUCUGUCUCGGAUCACAGUUUUUACGUUGAGAGCGAUGAAGAAGAAGAGGAAGUUGAAAAGGAAUUCGAUAAAGCUGAAGAAAACAACGAAGGAAACGCUUCGGAUUCGUCGGAUUCUUCGGCUGAUCACCAGCAACAAAUCAAACCCGGUUCUUACAAUACCUCUUGGCCUCAAAGUUACAGGCAGUCUAUCGAUUUAUAUAGUAGUGUACAAUCUCCAAGCAUUGGGUUUCUGGGCACUCCUACACUGUCAAGAUUAGGCAGUUCAUUUCUUUCCUCAUCCCUAACGAGAAGACACACUCCUGAAACAUUACCAACUGUCACAAAACCUUUGUUAGAUGAGCAACAGCAGCAACAGAGACGUAGUUCACAUGCUUUGCUUCCUCCUCUUCCAACGAGGAGAUAUUCCAUAAGGAAAGAUGAGAAACCAUUGGUUGCACAUGAACUCCCACUUUCUCGCCAGUGCUCAUUUGGGCAAGCUGUGCUAAAUGGUAUAAAUGUUCUAUGUGGAGUCGGAAUCCUUUCAACUUCUUAUGCUGCCAAAGAAGGAGGAUGGGCUGGGCUCUCUAUUUUGUUCAUAUUUGCAGCUCUUUCUUUUUAUACUGGAAUUCUCCUGCGCUACUGCUUGGAUAGUGCACCUGGGCUUGAGACAUACCCAGACAUUGGUCAAGCUGCAUUUGGUAAUUUUGGCCGGGUUGCCAUCUCGAUAAUAUUGUACGUGGAACUAUAUGCUUGUUGCAUUGAAUAUAUAAUUUUGGAGAGCGACAACUUAUCCUCACUGUUUCCAAAUGCAAAUAUAAGUUUGGGUGGGUUUGAGUUAAAUUCGCACGUUCUGUUUGCAUUGAUGACAACCCUGGCUGUUCUUCCUACUGUUUGGCUUCGGGACCUCAGAGUUCUUAGUUAUAUAUCUGCUGGUGGAGUUAUUGCAUCAGUCUUGGUGGUCCUUUGCUUGUUUUGGGUUGGUCUGGUAGAUGGAGUUGGCUUUCAUAACAAAGGGACAACACUGAACCUUGGAACUCUUCCUGUUGCUGUUGGUCUCUAUGGUUACUGCUACUCAGGACAUGCUGUUUUCCCCAACAUAUAUACAUCAAUGGCAAGACCAAAUCAGUUUCCUGCUGUCCUCUUAACAUGUUUUGGUAUUUGUACUUUGUUGUAUGCCGGGGUUGCUGUUAUGGGGUACAAAAUGUUUGGAGACUCAAUACAGUCACAGUUCACUCUUAACUUGCCCCAGGAUUUGGUUGCCACUAAGAUUGCUGUGUGGACGACGGUAGUAAACCCUUUUACCAAAUAUGCAUUAACUAUGUCUCCUGUUGCGAUGUGUUUGGAGGAGUUGAUACCAUCAAAUCACAGCAAGUCGUAUAUAUAUUCCAUCUUGAUUAGAACAGCACUGGUGGUAUCUACCUUGAUUGUGGGUCUCAGUGUCCCCUUCUUCGGUCUGGUAAUGUCAUUGAUUGGAUCUUUGCUCACAAUGCUUGUAACCUUGAUACUUCCUUGCGCUUGUUUCCUGAGCAUUGUGAGAGGGAAAAUAACCCGGUUGCAGGGAGCACUUUGUAUUAUAAUUAUUUCAGUAGGUGCUGUAUCGUGUUCCUUUGGGACAUAUUCAGCCCUCUCCAAAAUUGUUGAGAGUUUGAAGCGUUGAAAUUUUUGGCGCAUUCCAACAGCAAGAGAAACUCGAAUCAUGUACUCUGGAUUCGUAUGAUAUUUAUUCAUUCUCCCUUCCCAAUUUUGGAUUUGCAUCACUCUUCCGUUUUGUGUUUAUGUAUUUUCCAAUGAGAGAACCUUUUGUUAGUACUAAAAAAUCUACUACAAAUACAAUUCAUCAAAUGACUUUAUCGGUUUUGUCCUUAUUGGCUUUGUAUUAUGAACAACCUUAUUAUAAAGAGAUCAUUACAUAA